CGAUAGAAUCGCGCUACUCUUAAUACCGUCUACAACACAACGAGGCACGCACACGACCAACGUUAAAGAAUCAAUUUUUUACCUAAGAUUUUCUACCACGGCUAAUUGUUCCACAACAAUUAAGUAUCAAAUUGAAGCACAAUAAAAUUAACAUUUUCUCAUUCCACAGUGUAUCAUCGUCUCUUGUGUCAGCAGUCGGUCGUUUGGCAUUGACCGUGUGUGAAAUAAGCGCUAGAUAAACAUAAGUGUAUCCGCACGCAGACAACAUAUUAUUUUUGUUUUCAUUUUGUGUUUAAUUGUGUGAUUGGACAAAAUGGCAGAUGUGUGUGUAAAUGGCAUCAAAAAACCGGAAUCUGUUGCCGCUUUUUAUGAAGAGUUUCCAGAUGGCGAAGGGGAUGGAUAUGAAAAUGAUAUAUUAGAGCCGAGAGAAGGAAAUGAAAGCCCCACGUUCGGCGCAAAUGCAGUUUAUGCAACCAACGAACCAGAUUUGUCAAAUGAAAUUUCUGCUCCCUAUGAAGUCCCACAAUUCCCUAUUGAACAGAUUGAAAAGAAAUUGGCCAUUCAAAGACAAUUAAAUAACAAGGUAUUAGAAGAUAAGCGUAGUCACUAUGAACCAUCAAUUCAAGGAACUGCCGAAGUAGAUGAACUUGAUGAUCAUGAUUUAUAUGUACCUCAUUUCCAACGUGUUUCCAUUUCUGGAGAAGACACGAGUGGAGUACCACUUGAGGAUCUAGAAAGAGCUUCCAAACUCAUUGUUCAGGCCCUGCAAAUUCGAAAAAGGUAUAUGGAAAUGUCUUAUCAAAACUUUUCUUCCACUGCAGGUAGAUUUUUGGAUCCUAAUAAGGAACAACAAAAACACGAUGAGAAACAGUCUAUUGAAGAUCGACAAUAUGCGGAGCUGCUACUAAGAACUGCCAGAGCUUCGUUUGAUGAUUCUGUGUUGAAGAUUUUGACCGUUGAAAAUGUCGAGGCGAUAUUAAAAAGUGGUCCAGACCAUGGAAUCCAUCCUCCAGUUCACACGCCGUGGGAAGCACCAAAUAUACCAGACACAGACCAUACUUUUAAGAACUGCAGCGGAGUUUACAACGUGUAUAUGAACAAAGAGGAUAUGGAUAAUAAUAAACCAUGCAAUUAUGAAUAUCCUGAUGUUAUAACAUUCACUGAUGAUUUCUAUACUAUGUGUAACAUGAUAGCUGAUGGACCAUUAAAGUCCUUCUGUUAUCGUCGCUUGACAUAUUUGUCAUCUAAGUUCCAAUUGCACGUACUGCUCAACGAGCUUAGAGAAUUGGCUUCGCAGAAAGCUGUACCACAUCGAGACUUCUACAAUAUCCGUAAGGUAGACACCCACAUACACGCAGCGUCGUGUAUGAACCAAAAGCAUCUUCUGCGAUUCAUUAAAAAGACUUUAAAAAAUAACCCAGAAGAAGUAGUUUCAGUAACGAAGGGAGUGCCUAUGACUCUUCGUCAAGUCUUUCAGGUAAUGCAGAAUCAGUCGAUGAAUCUUACAACGUACGACCUCACCGUUGACAUGUUGGACGUCCAUGCCGAUAGAAACACUUUCCACAGAUUUGAUAAGUUCAAUGCUAAAUAUAAUCCCGUAGGAGAAAGUAGACUACGGGAGGUUUUCCUAAAAACUGAUAACUACUUGAAUGGAAAAUAUUUUGCCAAUAUUAUUAAGGAAGUGGCUAGCGAUUUGGAAGAAUCCAAGUACCAAAAUGCUGAACUGAGACUAAGUAUUUAUGGAAAGACUAGAGAUGAAUGGGAUAAAUUGGCCAAGUGGGCUAUAGAUGAGAACGUUUAUUCCGAUAAUGUUCGUUGGUUGAUUCAAGUUCCUAGACUUUUUGAUAUUUUCAAGACAAAUAAGGUCCUGAGUUGUUUCCAAGAGGUUAUUGACAACAUCUUCCUUCCAUUAUUUGAAGUGACAGCUAAACCAAGCUCCCACCCGGAACUCCACAACUUUCUUCAGUAUGUCAUUGGAUUCGAUUCAGUAGACGACGAAAGUAAACCAGAAAAGAACCCAUUAUUUGACAAAGAUACCGCUACUCCUGAUAAUUGGAGUGACGUAGAAAACCCUAACUAUGCUUAUUAUUUGUAUUACAUGUACGCUAAUUUAACAAUUUUAAAUCAUUUUAGAAACGAAAAAGGUCUGCAUACGUUUGUUCUCAGACCACAUUGUGGUGAAGCUGGACCAGUCCAGCAUUUGGUAUGUGGGUAUAUGCUCUCUGAGAAUAUUUCCCAUGGAUUGCUUUUAAGAAAAGUUCCAGUACUGCAGUAUUUGUACUACUUAGCUCAGAUAGGUAUUGCUAUGAGCCCUCUUUCUAACAAUAGUUUAUUCUUGAACUACCACCGUAACCCUCUACCCGAAUAUUUAGCGAGAGGACUGAUGGUUUCAUUGUCUUCUGACGAUCCGCUACAAUUCCAUUUUACCAAAGAACCAUUGAUGGAAGAAUACAGCAUUGCUGCUCAAGUGUGGAAACUGUCCAGUUGCGACAUGUGUGAAUUGGCUAGGAAUAGCGUCUUAAUGUCUGGAUUUUCUCACAAAACUAAGCAGUACUGGUUGGGUCCAAAUUAUACCAAAGAGGGUGUUGCUGGUAACGACAUUGCUAGAACCAACGUACCCGAUAUACGGGUUGCUUUCCGCUAUGAGACACUUAUUGAUGAGUUGUCGAAUAUUUUCAAACCCCAUCAACAAAAUAAACAUUUUUAAAUGGUUUUCUUAACCUUUACCUUCCUAAAUUUUUACAACAAAUGUUUCUAAAACUGUGAAACUAGUUUAAAUAGUUAAGCACUAUUGAAAUUUCUUAGUUUUCUUACUAAGAGCAUUAUAAAAUUGUUUCAAAUUUACAAAAUAAUAUAAAUACUUUGCCCAAAUUACAAAUUGCCCUAAAGUGUACUUUCAUAUAGUAAUGAGUGACACUCAACUUAGAACGCCGGAAAUGUCAAAUGGUGGUCAGAAGUAACAAGACAACUGGAGGUAAAUAAUAAAAAAAUAUGAUCCAACGUGUUAAGCGAUUUGCAACGUUAAGUUUUAGCAUCGCUCAAAGCAGUAAUAAUUUUUUCAGAUUGUUCGAACAACUUUAACAAGGAAGUUUAUCUCAGAUUAGUAAAAUUAUUAACUUUAUGUUUAUUUUGAAACUAGAUGUAUUGUUUAGUCCAGCGUAGAUUUUUGUAAAGUUAGAGUGAAAGAAACAUUUAUUUUAGAAUUUUUUAAAAUACUCUUACAAAAAAACCCAAAAAGUUUAGAUUUUAUUUUUUAUUUUACUUGUUUUUCUCCAUUUUUCAAUAGAACUUUUACGCGAGACUUGAUAUUCUCUAUCUACAACUACUGUAAAAAUUUAGACCUUCUAUCAUAUAAGGAAAUGAUCCUAUAUUUGACAUCAAAAGUUAAAAACCUAGUAUUCGGGACAUCGCAAAAAUAUAAAACACUCUAAUAGGCUACGCUAGGUACUCUAAUAAAACUACCGGUACACGGUAAGUUUAGUGGAGACUAUAUUUAUUUUUAUAUUUAUAUAUGGAUAUUUUAUACUAUAAGGUGUUAUAUAUCGUUGGAAAGAGACGAUUUCAGAGAAUAAUAAUUUUCAAUCAUAACAAAAAAAAAUUCAAUUUGCGGACUUUGGCUACCCUUAAUAGAGUAAUAUUCAUAAUAUUAAUGUGAUCGUUAUUGUAUAUAAUAUAAAUUCUACAAUACUUAAAAAUUUGGAUGUUUACCACUACUAACCACAGAGUGCACUCACCUUUAUCCCAAAAGCACCCAAAAGUAAUAUUUAAACUUAAUACAACGAACUUCAAAAAUUCCCUUAGAUUAUAGAAAAGUAUAGACUUAAUUCUAAAUUAUUUUUCUUCUUCUCUUAAUCACAUUUGGUUUAUUUUUCGAUAUAAGGUAUAAUAUAACUAAGGUAUAAGGUAUAAUGACGUCUAAAUAUCGCAUCAACAUUUAACAUUGCAGUAAAUCAAAUAAAUUGUCCGUGUCUUUCCCAUAGCAAGCCAUUGUAAAUCCCCUAGUUUAAUUUCUAUUUUGCACAGUUUUAGAAAUAUUCCAAACAUAAUAGUUUAAAAAACGUUCUGAGCAUUUAAUACGUUAUAUUCAAAUUUGUUCUAAAAAAUAGUGUAGUGAGGCAAAAGGUUAAAAAUAGAGUGUAAGUUAUUUUAUAAGCCAUAAAAAACCUAUUUAAAAAUAUAUCAUACGCUCAAGAAAAUGAGGAUUUAUUAUUAAUACAGGGUGACCAAAAACCACCAGCGCUCGAUUUAAGAUAAUUAGACAUUUAUGCGUGGUUGCACCAACAAAUCUUAAGCUCCAGCUUAGCCCAGCUCAGCUUAUAGAUAGGGCCGCUUUCAGUUUCACUUACGUUGCACCAUAAUUUUCGAAUCUUAUCUAAACACGUCUUAAGGGGUUACAUAGGCCUUGCGGGUAAAAAAAGUUACUUUUUAAAAAAAUUAUAUCUCGAAAACUAAAAACUGUUUUUAUUUAUGAUUGGAAAAUGUAAAAGCAUAGUACUUAAGGUACUCUUAAACAAUUUUUUUGGCCAAAAAUAUUCAUUUUUGUAGAGUUGACUGCAAUUUUUCGACAACAGCCUUUUUUGCGGUGGACAGCAUAACUAAGUCCAGUGUCAUCUGAAAUCAAAAAAUCAAAAAGUUUCUUGUAGCUUAUACCUGGCUAGUGAAUGAACGAAGGAAUAAAAAAAAUUAAAUUUGAAGAUUUUACAUAAGUUUAAACAAAUUUUCGACCCCAAUUUUUCUCUUUUUUCAAAAAUGAUCAUUUUUAAACUAGUUUUUUUAUAAAACAAAAACAACUUCACCUAAUAAAAAUUCCUUCGUUCAUUCACUAGCCAGAGGUAUAAAUUACAAGAGACUUUUUGAUUUUUUGAUUUCAGGUGAGACUGGACUUGUUAUGCUGUCCACCGCAAAAAAAGGGCUAUUGUCGAAAAAUUGCAGUCAACUCUACAAAGUACUAUACUCUUACAUGUUCCAAUUAUAAAUAACAAUAAUUUUUAGUUUUCGAGAUAUAAUUUUUUUAAAAAGUCACUUUUUUACCCGCAAGACCUAUGUAACCCCUUAACUGAGGCGCAGUUUAAGAUGCAGUCCACGUGGAAAUCCAUUGUGACAAGCUGAAAAUUGAUCCAAGACUCAAUGGUGCAACGCGUAUGUUCCGUAAGCUGAGCUUAAGGCACAUCUUAAGCUUAAGAUCUGUUAGUGCAACCAGGCAUAAGUAUUCUUAAAUUUUUCUGUCUAGUACGUCUGUAUAUGCGAAAGUGGUUGCCCGUUAAUGUAACCUAAGUUAGAUAGUUCACGAUUUUUUUAUUUUCCUGAUUUAUUUUUGGAGUGACAAGGAAAAUUCAAAAAUCCUAUAUGUUAUGGGAUUCAUAUAAGAAUAGAAAAAUAUAGAACAAAUAGGAUUAAUUUUUCUAAAACGUUUUUCUUCUGUGUGUUUUUCUAAAACGUCCACAGCAAAAAGGAACAAUCACAUUUACCUUACGUCGUUUUUAUUAAAACUAAGUGGUUACCGACUAACUAACUAACUGGACAUUGGAGUUCACAUAGCAUUAUUAAUAAAAAACCAAAAAUAAAAAAUCCACAAGGAAAAAGUUUUCCUGAAAUUUGGCUGUAUACCAUGUAAUACAAAAAAUAGUAAAAUCCUUUAUAAAAGGUAUAUAUUUAAAAUCCCUAAAAAGGGCUACAUCACAAUCACAUAACUAGUUUUCGAUUGGUUUACCAAUCAUCAUCAGUUCUUACGUGAAGUUUACAUGCUAACCACCAAGAUAUAAUUUUACAAAAAUAUGAGGGUCAAAGCCCUGUAAAAGUAAUCCGUCAAGGAAACAUCGGUUGAAAUUGCUAACUUAAGCAUGUAUGUAUAAAAUAUUAUACUAAUAUGUCCCAGGUAACAUCUGAGCUGUGGUUUGACUUGUUCACAUGGUGAAAGUAUGGCAGCAAAAUAAAAAAGUACCCCUGCUGCAAUGAUAUAUUUCUUUAAUAUUUCACUGACCACUGCACAUUUUUAAAUGGGCACAUUAAGAAAAUUACAGCUCUUGCAUUUUUUUUAUUUUCUUUAGCAGAAAUACCAAAAGUAAAAUAGAAACUUAAGGGUAAUUUUGGGGUUUGCACUACACUAUUUGACUGCAAUAUAUGCGUAUACCCCUAAUAAUCAACAAGUGGAGGAACUACAUCCCAGAAGUGGCUUUGAGCUGAAAUAGGAAUCCUCGAAAUUGAAGGACACCGACUCAGCUCCCCUAAUAUUAAGCAGGCAUCUAUCCUCUUGUGGCCAAGAGACACACCGUGAACUAAAGAAAGCAUAAUAAAUUUCUAAAAAAGCUGCCAACAGCUAUAUUGACAAAGUUCGUUCAGGAGACACUCAACGUUUGCGCGAAGUCCCGAAAGCAAUCUUAAUAGGCCUACCGCCAGCUUAAAAACUUCAACUUGACUCCCAGAUGAUCUAAACAGGAAUUCCAUUAUCACGCAUUGAGGAUCUCUCCAGUGGCGCACCCAUGGAGGCUUUGGGGGGUUAAACCCACCCCCAAGGCAUAUAAAAAAUAUAUCAAGAAUAGUAGGAAUUUGAUGUAACUUAUCUUUCUCAAACAAUACAAAAAAAAUUUCGGUGCCCAAACCAACCCCCUAGAGGAAAAUUCUAGGUGCGCCACUGGAUCUCUCGACGGUAAAAGCGGCACUUGUCAUUGUAAACAAACAAUUGGAUUUUAUUUGUUCUCGUCGAAGAUUUUGCAAUUCAUAAUCUUUUUCUUUCGAAGAUUUGUAAGAGACAAAGGGAUAAGUGAUUAGUUUUUUUAUUCAAAAUGAUAGCGCGUACCAGACAGAAAAGUUUGAGUAUUAUAAAUUAAAUAUAUGCUUAUAAAUGUUUACUAUUUAAUUAAUUAGCUGGUUUAAAAUAUACAUAUUAAUCUUUCAUGAACUAUUUCUUAAACAAAGAGAAAAACUGAAAAUUCUCUUUUAUUAUAUCCCAUAUUUAAUUAAAAAAUUAAUGAAGUUAUUUUAGAUUUAGUCUCCUUGUAGAUGGCAUACCUAAUCAUUUGGCAGUUAUUUGUACUUGAUUAAUUUUAAAUUGAUCUAAAAAUUUUAUUAAUUAAGUAUAAUCUUU